UUGCAUGUGUAAUAUCCAACAGUGUCUUGUUAUCAUAAGAAAGAUGUAAAGGGAGAACAUUUACAGCAUUUGCUCGAGCUGGAGUGGCCACUGUGACUGGAUGGGCCACCAUCUUGAAGCGUGAGAAAGACAAACUAACCCAUUAGUUAUUCUUGGCAAACCGUCUCUCCAGAAAAACCUACAUGAAAUUCAUAUUGUAGCUCAUUUAGGUACUUUUUUGGAAUUUAUGAAUUUUAAGGCUGGAAUUAAGAAAAAGGAAACCAAUGGAACAUAUAGAGCAUACUUCUGUAACUUCAUUGCCUCUUCCUUUUGAUCACAGCAAAGAUUUAACGUGAUAUGGGAUGAAAAUCUACGGGUCAUAGUUCUACAGUUUUGCUAGUGAGGAUAUGGACUGUGUAUCCCGGGGCAGGACCUUCAUUCUGUUGGAAAUAUUGGUGACUCUGCCACAAUACCAAAUGUCUCCCAGCAGUGUAACAGAUGAAACGCUAUGUGACAGGAAAUGUGAUCCCGGAGCUAAAAUUAUUGGAGGUCAUGAAGUUGAACCGCAUUCCAGACCUUAUAUGGCAUCUCUUCAACUAUAUAUCGGGAGCAGACAGUACGUUCCCUAUUGCGGAGGUGCUUUGAUCACACCGAAAUGGGUACUAACUGCAGCACACUGUGAAAUAACAAUUGCAUCAGGCCAGUUUCUUCAAGCAGUUCUUGGAAAACAUUCUCUUUCAAAGUAUGAGAAAAGUGAACAAAGACUGCGCAUCAUCAAACAGAUUCCCAUUACAAAAUAUAACAAGAGGACUAAGAAAGAUGAUAUCAUGCUCCUGCAACUCAAGACUGCUGCAAAAAUCAACCAGUACGUGAAUGUACUCAACCUACCCAAAGGAGGAAUCACUGACAUGAAAUCUGGAACAACGUGCACUGUGGCAGGAUGGGGAAAAACAAAAACAGGCAAUUACUCUGACACGCUUCAAGAGGUGGAGGUUGAGGUAAUUGAUCGGCGAACAUGCAACAGCAAGGAUUAUUACAAUCAUAGACCUGAAAUAACCCAGGACAUGAUCUGUGCUGGUGACAGAAAAGGCAGAGCAGAUUCUUGUCAGGGUGAUUCAGGCGGCCCUUUGAUUUGCGACAAAAUGUAUACUGGGAUUGUGUCCUUUGGCAGAGGAUGUGCAAAUGCCAAAAAGCCUGGGGUGUACACUUUACGAACAAAGAAAUACAUUGAUUGGAUUCGGUCUAUAAUCUGUUUACCGCUGAAGGACGCUGAAGAGCUGUACUGAGUAAUCACAAUCUUGCUUCACUCUGCUUUACUUACACGGAUGCUCAGUUAAUUGGCCUAGAGGGCCGGCUUGCUUCUAUCCUUACCUUUUCUGCAUUGCAUAAAAUGUUACUGCA